UUUCCAAUUCCACUCCCAUUUUAUAAUUCUCAAAGCUUCAAUCACUUGCAUAUUUCUAAUCUCAAAAAUCCGAGUUAACAAUGAGAAAAAUCACUACCAGACUGACGUGUUUUCUUUGGCCCUUUGCCUCUCAUCUUUUUAUACACGUCCUGGCUAUGCCGGCUAUCCUCCUCCAUUAAACAAUUCUCUAAUUUUCUGCUUUUCAGUCACCAUUUCUUUGCCCCAUCAACCCCUUCUCCACCCUUUAAAAAUGUUGUCCAACUCUUCAUAACAACCUCUCUCUCUCUCUCUCUCUCUCUCUCUCUCUGCCUUUCUGGGAACUUAACUUCGGCUAUUGGGUUGACUAUGAAGGGGGGAUUUGAAGUUGUUCAUGGGGCUCUUGAUUUGAUCCAGCCCCAUGAACAAUGGGAGUAUAAUAUCAUUGGGCUUCAGGGUGCAAGUUCCAGCAAUUUUCCCAAGCCAAUGGUGGUCGAAAACCGAUCUAACUUGGAGAAGAACGAGCUGUCGGAGUGGGUGGAACAUGUCACCAAGCAGCUUAUAGAGGACCUGCCGGAGACUGUUGGUGAGGGCUUGAAGACCGAAGAGGUGACAAUCGUGGGAGGGAGCUUUGCCCCGGUGCUUCAAUGGGGGAAUGAGGCAGCUGGAAGUCAAAGUAAUAACUUGAGUACUGGAGAUAUCAAUGGAGGAUUGAGUAGGCUGGAUGAACAUGGCUUGGGCCUGAUAGCGCUUCUUCUGGAGUGUGCGGUGGCGAUAUCGGUUGAUAAUUUAGGGGAAGCGCAUAGGAUGCUGCUUGAGUUGACUCAAAUGGCUUCUCCUUAUGGAGCAUCAUGUGCCGAGAGGGUUGUGUCCUAUUUCGCCAAGGCCAUGGCUAGCAGAGUCAUUAAUUCAUGGUUAGGGCUUUGCUCGCCUCUGAUCAGCCAUAAGGCUGUCCAUUCUUCACUUCAAAUCUUCAACAACAUCUCCCCUUUCAUCAAGUUUGCACACUUCACCUCCAACCAAUCCAUUCUCGAGGCCUUCCAUCGUCGGGACAUGGUUCAUAUCAUCGACCUCGACAUCAUGCAAGGCCUUCAAUGGCCGGCCCUCUUCCACAUCCUGGCCACCCGCAUCGAGGGUCCUCCGCACAUUAGAAUGACCGGCAUGGGCUCUUCCAUCGAGCUCCUCACCCAGACAGGAAAGCAGCUCUCCAACUUCGCCAGGCGGCUUGGACUCUCAUUCGAGUUCCACCCCGUCGCAAAGAAAUUUGGAGAGAUCAACGAUAUUACAUCUCUGCAAAUCCGGCGCGGAGAAACCCUAGCUGUGCACUGGCUGCAGCACUCCUUAUACGAUGCGACAGGACCCGAUUGGAAGACGAUAAGGCUACUGGAAGAGCUGGCUCCCAGAGUGAUCACACUGGUUGAACAAGAAAUAUCCCAUGGUGGGUCAUUUUUAGACCGUUUUGUUGGUUCUCUUCACUACUACUCGACCAUUUUCGAUUCACUGGGGGCUUCAUUUCCAAGCGACGAUCCUGGUAGGCAUCGGGUGGAGCAUUGCCUUCUUUAUCGGGAGAUAAACAACAUAAUGGCAAUAGGGGGGCCAGCGAGGAGCGGAGAGGACAAGUUUAGGCAAUGGAGAAGUGAAAUGGCAGCAAGGAAUUGCUUUGUACAAGUGCCGAUGAGCGGAAACGCCAUGGCUCAAGCACAGCUGAUACUGAACAUGUUCCCUCCGGCACAUGGUUAUAGCCUUGUACAGGGAGAAGGGACACUGAGGCUUGGAUGGAAGGAUACUGGCUUGUACAGUGCUUCUGCUUGGACUUCACAGGCUUAUAGAUAGCUCCUAGAUUGGUUUAUGUACCAUUUUGUUUUUUUUUUUUUUGUCUUUUUGGUGAGGUACUGCAUGUAUGUAGAGUUCAAAUACCUAUAUAUGUUACAGUCCAACUUCGAGUA